CGUGGUAGGACAUAUCAUUCGACCUCCGACCCUGUUCUCCAUUCUUUCCAAAUCCUUAAAAGUGACCGGCGUCACGUAGUGCAAACAACGACACUCAGCCACGCACAUCGUAAAUCCGUGCGCGCGUCACAGGCGCGAGACGAGGCAAGAAACAACACACUGUGUAUAUUCCAAUCAAGUGUGUAUUAUUUACUGUAAGAGUGACAAACAGUCAGUCAGUCGGUCGAUUCGUGCUCGUUCCCGAUGUCGUAAAGCGCAAUCAAAGUGUGCAAGACGGAAUGGCGAUCGCUCAUUUCACCAAGAGGCAAUGGCUCACCCUCAUCGUCAUCAGUAUUGCCGAUUUCGCGAAUGCCAUCUGCGUCUCGCUACAAGCGCCGUUCUACCCGCAAGAGGCCGAGAAGAAAGGCGCGUCACCCUCAGAGUAUGGAUUGGUUUUCGGGAUUUUCGAGUUGGUGGUUUUCAUGAUUAGCCCGUUCUACGGACAACGCCUCAAUCAAAUCGGUCCAAAACUCCUAUUCAAUGGCGGUAUCCUAACUACAGGAGCCUGCGCCAUAUUAUUCGGUCUGUUAGACAAAGUCGAUGGUCAUUAUCCCUUCAUAAUCUUAUCUUUCGUAAUCAGAAUUGUAGAGGCAUUAGGGAAUGCUGCAUUUUUGACAGCUAGCUUCGCUAUUAUUGCCAAAGAAUUUCCCAACAAUGUCGCCACGACAUUCGCUAGCUUGGAAACCUUUUUCGGCUUGGGCUUAAUCGUAGGUCCCACCGUGGGAGGUGCACUCUAUCAAGUUGGUGGAUACACCACUCCAUUCGCAGUUCUUGGCUCAGCAUUGUUCUUGGCAGCCGUCAGCACUGCGUUCAUUCUACCUGUGCACAAUGAAAGCGAACAAGAUGCACACAAUAACGGAGGAGUGACAAAAGUCUUAAAGAUUCCAGGCGUGAUGAUCGCCUCGACGUCGAUAGUCGCAGCAAGUAUGAGUAUCGGAUUCUUGCAAGCAACCCUGGAGCCGCAUCUGAGACAAUUUAACUUGAGUCCUGUUGUGUUAGGACUAAUGUUCGUCAUUAACGGUGGCACGUACGCGAUAACGGCGCCAGCAUGGGGCUGGCUUUGUGACAAAUAUUGGCAUCCAAAAGUAGCAACUAUCGCUGGAAGUUUUCUCGUGAUGAUCGGUUUCUGUUUGAUCGGCCCGGCACCGUUCAUUCCGUCGCCUACCAUAAUCUGGUUGACCAUCAGCGGUCUCGUAAUCCAUGGCUUAGGCAUGGCUGCCCAACUGGUUGCGAGUUUCACAGACGCUUUGCGAUCAUCCAUAGAGUACGGAUUCCCGAACAGUCUUGAAACUUAUGGUCUCAUCAGCGGAUUAUGGACAAGUACUUUCGCUCUCGGAGCUUUUAUCGGUCCCAGCCUCGCUGGUAUUUUGUUGGACAACAUUGGUUUCAGAAACGCUUCUAUGUUUAUCGUGUUACUUCAUACGCUGGUGGGCGUGAUAGCCGCGGUAUUCCUGAGUAGCUGCUCUCACGCGCCCAAACCGUACACCGACGUCGGCGCGGUCGAGAAUAUCAGGGCACCGCUGAUGAAUAGUGACCGGUCGGCCCGCAGUGGCAGUUCGCAUCAGACCGUACGGGGCCAGGGUGUACCGAUCGAUCGACCCAACGCCAUGAAUUCGCUCAUCGCGUGCAACAGUUACUCGAACCGAGCCGGAGCCUGGUCCAGAGUAUCGUACAGCGGCCGUUACUCGCACAGCUACGGAUCCAUAGAGAACAAACGAUACUUGGAACUCACCACGUGAUAUCGAUCGACUUCACGCCAGCAAGACGGACAAUAAUACAGCGCAAGAUUUCGCUUCUCCAUUUACUCUGGUUAUCAUCGAGACUUUUUAAUUUCCGCAAUAAAUAGCUCGACUGGAAAUAAUUUUAUAUAUAUACAUAUAUAUGUAUAUAAAAUUCUUCAUAUUUUUUUGAUAGCAUAACUGGCACUAUUCAAAAUUCUUAUUGUAAAUAAUAAAUAGGAUCAAGAUUAUGGAGAUAGUCAACGGAAUGAAAAAAAAUUUUCCUCCAGUUUAAUCUGGAUUUAAUUCUCUUAUUAAUAAAUGCGCGAGUUUCAAUUUCUACUAUCUGCGUAAUCUUAACUUUUUAAUCGUGAAAUAGGUUUUAUAGAAACCACAAAAGUAAACAACAAGAACAAAUAAAAAUUACAAAAAUUACUAGUUAAUAACAUAAUUGCAAAAUAUUUUUAAUUUAGAUUAAUAUAUAAAUUUAUGUAUAAAUUUCUAUUAUAUUUAAAAGAUCGAAGAUUGAAUAUAUAUAAAGUCACGCUGGAAUUAAAAUAACCAAUCUCGCGAAAAAAGAAAAGCGAAGGAAACAGACACACACGUACACACACACAUACACACGCAUUGGUGCAUAAAACGUUUCAAGCAGUAUUCAUAUAGUGCAUUAUCGCUUUAUCACGGUUUAUUUAGCGGACUCAAGCUGCACCGUUCUCUUUUUGUUAAAUGUCUGAUUUGACUUCGAUCCUCCCGCUACUUCGUGAGGCCACUAUUACUACUAAUAAUAGCGUUCGUUGAGAAAUCGAGUCAUAUCACUUAGCUGGUGUAUUGUAAGCAACGAUUGUAACACUAUCAUGUACACGCGCACAUUGCAACGUUAUCAGGUUUAACUCUUGGAUGCAUAAAAGGGGUUUUUGAAAUCAUCAUAAUUGAGAUAAUAUUUAUUUAUUCUUAAUAGCUUCAAUUUUUUUCUCCUAAAUAAAUUCAAGGAAAUAUUAAGACUAUCCUCAGAGUAUUCAACUUAAAUUUGUCGAUAUUGUUUUUCUGCUUUUCUGUUCUUGCUUUUGCAAACCUGUAUUUCUGAAUCGUGCAUCCAAGAUUAUUAGCGAUAUUUUUUAGCGGUACACUAUUAUCAUUUGCUCAUACUCUAUUCGCAACGCAAAUCUUGCCGACAUGUUUGACAAUCGUCAAAUGUAGUUUUUCAGUGCUCGUAUCACGAAUAAAUCGCGUAAUACUUAAUAAAAAGUGUUAAUUUUGUAAUAAUGUACGUAAGAGCGUUGUUAUUUCGUUAUAAAAUUGUUAUAAAAUUAUUAUGAUAUAAAGUGCUAUCAAUAUUGAAUAUGUAAUAGAAAAUAUUGAGAAAGCCAGGAAACGUGAUUGGUCCAUGUUUAAUAAAUGGUGUUUGAAUCUCGAAUUAUAUACAAUUAUGCCAUUGCAAAUACAGGUUUAUUUCAAUGGAAGAGGUAAUUAAUGUUGUGAGUGUUAAUGAUACACCAUAAACAUGAUGUAUAGAGUGGACCACGGAACUGAACCGAACUCUAGCACUUGUUCUGUUGAAAAUAGAAAAAAAUGGUAGAGAAAAAAAGUUAAAUGGCAUAAUAAAAAAAUUUUUCUAAUAUGUAUUUUUUCUUUAUGAAUAGGUUCUGAAUUCUGAAUAAUGUCUGUAUAGAAGUAUUAAGGAAUUAUUAAUCAAAAAAUUAAUAUUUCACGAAAUUAAUAUUACUUAAAAAAUUAAUUUUUCACGUUUUUCACAAAUUAUACUUGUCAUUUUUGAGAUACAUGCUUUAUGAUGUGUAAACGUUCCAUUGUAUUUACGAUUAUGGAUUUUAAAUCUGAACACUUGAAAACGUAUAAAGCAGUAUCAAUUGAUCACAGUAAUUAUAAAGUAAUUAUAAAGAUAAAAUAUAUUCGCGUCCAUGGACUUACUUUAAAGAUACAUUGUACAUUAUAAGUGCUAGAAACGGCCAAGUUUCGUGGAUCACCCUGUAUAGCGUGUAAAUGUAGUGACUUCCGUUACGAUUAUUUUUUUCUGAUUAUUCUGAUUACCGACCGUUUAUAGAAUUGUUCACCAGACAAAAAACUAAAGAAGUAUCAGAUUGAAUAAUGAAAUUGUACAUAUAUAUGCACAAAUUUUUUUAGUUGUAAUUGAUAUAUUUGUUAUUUUAACAAUCAAUUGUUAAUCACACGCAUAAUCCUUGUAUGACGUUCUUUACCAUUCUUUAUAUUAAAUUAGAUAUCGUAACAUUUUUAAGAGCGUAAAGUACGAAUAUAUUGUAACCUGAUGAAUUCGCAAUAAAAAUAUUUUUAUUUAAAGCGCAA